UUCUCUCCCUUCGGUUGGUUGGUGGGUUUGGGCCAUCACUCUAGGAGCUUUCCCGGGAUGGGGGGUGGAGGAAGGAAAGGAGAAAAAGGCUGCUGACUGCUGAACGAUUAGCUGCAGGAAGCCGGAAAUAGUACUUGCUAUCCGUUAAACGGUUGCCUCCGGCGGGUUUCUGGUUUCCUUUUUUUUUUUGGCCGCUCGUUCCAGUUAGGACCGUCGCUUCGGUUGGCUCCUCCCCGAUCUUUUUCGCUCGAUGGCCGAGUUCGAUCUCUUCGGCACCCCUCAGCCGGUGGCGGGAAACGGGGCACUGGGGGUUGGCAGCGAAGAAGACCCAGCCGCCGCCUUCCUGGCCCAGCAGGAGAAUGAAAUCGCGGGCAUCGAGAACGACGAAGGCUACAGUAUUCUGGAAAAUGGCGAGCUGCCCGUCGGGAUGCAAGGCCAAGACGCGCUGACCGCAGAUGCAAUUGAUGGAGUGACGAAUGGCGAUAUCUACCAGCUGCCUCUUUGUCUGGAUCAGGAGAGCAAUGGUCCUACAGACUGCUACGCUGCUAUUUCUCAAGCUGAUCGUCUGCAGACAGAGCCAGAGAGCAUUCGCAAAUGGAGAGAAGAGCAGCGAGAGCGUCUAGAAGAACUUGAUGCAAACUCUCGAAAGCAAGAAGCAGAAUGGAAGGAAAAAGCAAUAAAGGAAUUGGAGGAGUGGUAUGCAAGACAAGAUGAGCAGCUACAGAAAACGAAAGCAAAUAACAGGGCAGCUGAAGAAGUCUUUGUGAAUGAUGUUGAUGACUCAUCUCCUGGCACCGAGUGGGAACGUGUGGCUCGGCUCUGUGACUUUAACCCCAAGUCGAGCAAGCAGGCGAAAGAUGUGUCCCGCAUGCGCUCAGUGCUGAUUUCGCUCAAGCAGGCCCCACUGGUUCGCUGAAGGGAAAGCACAACCUACACUACAAAUGCAAUAUCUAACUUUACUCAGAGAAGCUGUGUUUGCAGUAAUUGGAUUAAUUAUGUUUAAAUGUUUUUUGUUGUAUUUUUUGUUUUUGGACCAAACCUCACAAUGUAUUUAGAGUUUGAUCAUUGUUCUGUGAUUGCAUGUUCUUCCUCUGUGUCCUCCUGGUGUCCAAAUUGGGAGAAAACUUCCAGAACUGUAGUCUCUAUGCUCCUCUUAUGCAUUGAGAUUUGACUUUCAAAUGUACCAAUAUUAAAGGUCUGUUUAAAUUGCACUGUUGUGUGGGAAUAUUAAAAAGCCGAAGAAACUUUACUCAUUUAAAA